ACGAACGUAGUGACCUCCCUCCCAGAUCCGGAAAAGUUCGUGUUUGUUUUGAUUGUAUCAAACAUGGCGACAUCUGCGUGUAGGUUGUUGCGUUCCAUGCGCAGCAUAAAUCUUGCUUGCGGGUCGCAAUUGCUCUCGGGACGUCGGUUCUUCUCUGACAGAAGCGAGCCGGAACCGUUGACGGUGUGCAGGCAAGACAACGGUAUCAGAAGAAUAAUACUGAACAAUCCCAAAAAGAGGAACACCCUUUCGCUUCGCAUGCUGGAGUCUCUUCAAAAGGACAUCUUGGCUGAUGUGGACAACCAAGAUCUUCGAGUUAUCAUCAUAUCAGCGGAAGGUCCGGUGUUUUCCUCCGGUCACGACUUGAAAGAGCUGACGUCGGCCCAGGGUCGAGAUUAUCACACGCGUGUAUUUCGCACGUGUACAAAGGUCAUGACUCUGAUCCAAGACAUCCCCGUUCCCGUCAUCGCCAUGGUGAACGGCGUGGCUACGGCGGCCGGCUGCCAGCUGGUGGCCAGCUGCGACGUGGCCGUAGCGUCCGACAAGUCCACCUUCGCCACCCCGGGUGUCAACGUGGGGCUCUUUUGCUCCACGCCGGCCGUGGCCCUGGGCCGCGCCGUGCCCAGAAAGGUCGCCAUGGAGAUGCUUUUCACCGGCACUCCCAUCUCCGCCCACGACGCUUUGCUACACGGGCUGCUCAGCAAGGUCGUUCCGGAAGAGCGACUGGAAGCGGAGACGUUGGCCAUCGCCCGGCGCGUGUGCCGGGCCAGCCGACCCGUGGUGGCUCUCGGCAAGGCCGCCUUCCAGAAGCAAAUGUCUCAAGGUCGAGACGCGGCGUACGCCACCGCCUCCGAGGUGAUGGUGGACAACCUGGCGCUUAGAGACGGCCAGGAAGGGAUACGAGCCUUCGUGGAGAAACGCGAACCGGUGUGGAGCCACCGAGCGGAAAAGGCCCACGAUUGAUGCGUGCGGUCCAAUCGUCGGUCGUCGUCGACUCACCCUGGCUUGAACCCCGCGUGCCUUCAGAAGCUGCAUUUUGAAGAUGAUGCACUUUGCAGUUGAAUAGAGAUAUGAAACCAUAACAAAUUGUUGGUGGGACAGGAAAAUUUCCAUGCGCUAAUGGUUGUGUACUACAAACGUUCACUCAUCCGCUGUCAUUGACUAUGAGUCUGGGUUUAUAACUUGUAGAUGUCCAAUCCAUUUGAGGUGGAAGGCCUGCUGCCAACCUCCCACCUCAAAUGAAUUGGACAUCUAUUGCAGCCAAGUGUUAAUAAAAUAGCCUAUACUGCAUGUACAGGAAACCAUCA